CCAAGCUCACCUCCCUUUUAAACCCCCAGCCCGCUGCCCUUAUCACUGCAACCAUUCACCACCACACUCGCUUUGGUGCUUCGACUUGACUUCUGCAGCGACUUCUUCUUCUUCUCCCCGCCUUCCGUCGUUUCAGCAGCUACCCGUAUCGUCUUGUAAUCACCGCUUCAUUCCACUGUCGCUGUCCGUGCCUGUGCUGUCCGUGCCAUCGUUGCCAGCAACAGAACUUCAGUAAAAAAAACCCCAACUUCACAUUAAUACCACCAUGCGUUCGACACUUGCCCUCGGCGUCCUCGCCCUAGUCAGCUCUACCUACUCCCAAGAGCAAUACUCCAUCGACCCCAACUCCGUCAGCCUCUCCCUCAGGCAGUUCUGGUGUAACCAGCAAACGAGCGAGUGCCCUCUGAUCUGCCUCCAAUACCCCGAGAACUCCGCCUCCACCCAGUCCAACACCUGCGACCCCACCACACUCACGUUCAGCUGCGUCUGUGAUAAAGGCGAGACACCAAACAUCACCGAGUACUCUCAGACUGUGCCCUUCUACAUCUGCCAGGAAUGGGGUAACCAGUGCGUCGCUGGCUGUGGACAGGACAACGCUUGCUCCAACGAUUGCAGAGCCAACCACCCCUGCGGCGCCCAGAGCCCCGUCCGAGCCAACAGCAGCACCCUUUCCGCAACCUCCAAGCCCACCGGCACGGGCGCCGCUGCAACGAACGCCCAGACGACUGCCACCGGCGCCGUCUACACCGGUUUCGGCGGAGCUGCAGCCACAAGCACUGGAUCUGCGAAGAAGGGUGCUGCUACGACGGCCAUGCAAGUCGGAAGCAGUUAUGGUCUUGCCGUUGUGUUUGCUGGGCUCUUCGCUGGCUUCGCACUUGUGUUGUAGACAACUACCAUCCCCAUGUCCGGGAUUCGAUCUUGCCUUACUCCGAACCACCAUCUCAGAGUUUUCCCGUAUACAGCCUCCCGCUAGGUCCUCGACAUCCACGCCGAUACCGAUAUCACACGAUUUAACCCUCUAUACCACACUCCCUUCGAUGCAUACACGGCGAGCGCGUCUACCAUUUGAUCCAGUUCGUUCCUUCUUUCAAGCGUCCCGGCGGUCCUUAUUUCCGGAUUUCUGGUCCUAUAUCACACUUUUUUUUUAUUCAACGGGGGACAAAAGGGUCAUGUCUUGCAUUUUCCAACAUUUUCCUGGGACAGAGUAGCUAUUUACUUAAUUGAAGCAGGGGAGGAAAGGAGAGGAUGAUAGUGGAAAGUAGGG